GCUUUAGGAGCUUUAUUAUAGAUCUACAUAUAAGAAAAUAUAUUGACGAGUAUGAGAUCUUCUCCCUUCCACCGGCAAUCACCAGCUGAUCCGUCACUCACCCAGACACUCCCAAUCGUAAGCUGUCACUUUCACAGAGGCCAUAAAGUAGCGCCGCCAUUGACCAGUCCUUGGUUACUCUCGUUCCAGCAAGUAUGGCGCCUUCCUCGCCAAAGUUCCUCGCCUUCUCACUCUUCGUGUUGGUGGUGGACCACGCUAUGGGCCAGGUUGGCGUCUCCGUGGAUCAGGUGGAUGAACAGGUGGCCAUAAUGGUGAGCAAGGUGGUGGAGCAUCACCUGGCCGGGUGUCACCUGGUGGUGGCCACAACAACACAACACACGCCAGUAUUCUUCUCCACUCUCAGGAAAGUGGCGUCAGGAGUAGAGGCGGUGGUGGUGGUGGAGAUGGAGGCGCUGUUCACCUCUCAGGACUCGCCAGCACAACAACGUCUCCUGCAGGAAGUGUGGGGAGACGCCAGGGCCACCUGUCGUGCUCUCAUCCUUAACCUCAACAAGGACUCUCACCUCGCCUUCAGGUUCCUGGAGGCGACGGGGGUGUGGCAGUGGCCUGAGACUCGUGUAGUGGUGGUGGGUGAGAGGACUCAGGUGAAGGUGGUCCUCCACCACCCUAGUCUACGCAACACUAUACAUACACUUUACCUCGCCUUCUAUAACCUCGCCCUGUAUGCCUGUGAGGCUCACACACCUAACACGAGGCUUAGGAUGACAAGGACCGAGAAGGCUCGAGUUUGUCAACAACAACAACACGUUGUUGCUGCAGCGAGGCGGGAGAGUGUAGAGGUAUACAGGCGGUGUCUGUACUGCAAUAACGGGGAUGCGGACAUUGUGUUCCUGUACCUCUGGCCGCUCACGUCUGCCAACAACCACCACUAUCACAACCAGCUCUUCCCUGAACGACUUGAGAAUUUCAUGGGUCAUAAAUUCGUGGUCGUGACGCUGCCAUACUUCCCGUUCAUCGCCUUCGAGAAGGAGAGUGAGGAGGGCGGGGCCUUGUCGCCGCGAGACUCACUCAACACACGCAUGAUCAACACCAUGGCCCGGUGCCUCAACUUCACGUAUAUGUUCCGAGAGCCGCUGGAUGGUACCUGGGGUGUGCCGACGACGGGAGGCAACUGGACGGGCAUCGUGGGAGAUCUUCAACACCAACUCGUAGACUUCUCCCUCGACCUGACGCCCACAGCAGCCAGGAUGGAGAUUAUAUCAUUCACGAGGAUCUACACUGAUGAUCCUCUUGUUAUCCUGUCACUAAAGCCAGGACCUCUCCCUCGGUACCUGGCGCUCCUGAGGCCGUUUACAAGACAGCUGUGGUUGAUGGUCAUGAUGAGCACCACCACCUUGGGCUUCACGCUAUGGCUGCUACAGAAGGCGUGGUCAUGGGUGUCGGGUGGGUCUGGCCUCUGGCUGAGCACCGCCCAUUUUUACAUCUGGGGGACGAUGUUGGAGAACCCGCCAGACAACGCUCCCGCCAACCUCACCAGCAGGGUGCUGUUCGGGCUGUGUCUGCUGACGUGUAUGGUCAUCAACAUAGGUUACCGCUCCUCCCUCAUCGCUCACCUCACUGUACAGAGCAAGACCCAACCCAUUAACUGCUUCCAGGAUUUACUGAAGGAAGAUAACUGGGCGUGGGGUAGUUUUGAGUUUGUGGGAACUACUUUUCUCUACUUCAACGAAAGUUUUGAUCCUCUGAUUCAAAGGAUAGGAAAUGAAAAAGAGACCCUGGGUGCCUCGGCGGGGCUGGAGCGAGUUCUGAUGGGUAAGUUCUCCUUCAUCACCUCCAAGACUAAUCUUCUGACGGAUGUUGUUAGUUUGUACGCUGACAGAUAUGGUAACAUUCCCUUUCACAUCAGUACCACCCACUACCAGAUCCAGGGUGGUGAUGCUUGGGGGGUCAGGAAGGGCGCGCCAUUUCUCCGACAGUUGAGUAAGAUGACCCAGAGGAUGAUUGAGGUGGGGAUGAUAGACCGAUGGACGAAAGACGUGGUGUACACUCACAUCACACUGCCCAGGUCCCGUACACACGAUGCUCAGAACACAGUGUACUCACAGGAGAGUGACGACCCGGUGGUACUUGGGCUGAACCAUCUACAGGGAGCUUUUUACCUGCUGAUACUGGGGCAUAGCGUCUCCCUCCUCAUCUUGCUGGGGGAGAACCUCACCCAGUACCUCGCCUGCCGGGGUAGAACCUCACCCAGUACCUCACCUGCUGGAGGAGAACCUCGUCUAGUACCUCACCUGCUGGAGGAGAACCUCGUCUAGUACCUCACCUGCUGGAGGAGAACCUCGUCUAGUACCUCACCUGCUGGGGGAGAACCUCGUCUAGUACCUCACCUGCUGGGGUAGCACCUCACCUAGUACCUAAAAAAAUAACAUAUUUAAUGAUCAACUUUAGACUAGAUGACUAUGAUUGUUUUUG